AAAAUGAAGUUAUGGAGACGCGCCUCCGGAGCUAUAAAGGACAAGCUCAGUCUUAUCACAGCAGCUGAUGAAAACUUCACGGCGGCGAUAAUCAAAGCGACGAGCCACAACGAUCUCUCAAUGGACAAUGAAAACGUUCAAUUCAUCUACAGAUACAUACAGAGCAACCCUUCUAGUUUCAAACCAAUCAUACGCGCCAUCACAUUACGCGUGGAACGCACGAGUAACUGGACGGUGGCUUUGAAAUGUUUGAUGCUAUUACACGGCUUGUUCUUCACCGGAAUCAAAGCCGUCGAUUCCAUCGGAAGGUUACCGUUUGAUCUUUCCGGUUUCGGGAAAAGGAAAUCUCGGUUUAGUAGAACCGGUCGGUUUAAUAUAUUCGUUCGCGCUUAUUUCUUGUUUCUUGACGAAAGAUCGAUUCUCUUCUUCAACAAGAACACGAUUCGGCUUGAGAUCAUUGUCAAAAUGCAAAGAAUCGUUGAUUCAUUGAUGAGGAUCAAACCGGUUGGUGAAACGCCUCUUGUAAUUGAAGCUAUGGAAUAUGUAAUCAGCGAGGUUUUUGAGAUUAACGAUCAUAUUUGCCGCGGAUUCGCCGGUUUCUUAUCCCAAGUUCAGUGCAAUACUCUCGAGAUAUCGUCAGCCGAGGCGGAAUUGGCGAUGAUGAUCGUGGCGAAAUCUUUGUCUCAGAGAGAAGAACUCGUCAAGUAUUUAGAAUUCUGUAGAGGUUUUGGUGUCACCAACGCUGAAGAAAUCACUAGUUUCGUGGGAGUCACGGAAUCUCAAGUGAUACUGCUCGACAAGCUUCUCCGUAUGGCCCCGGAGUUAGAUCGGAAGGCGGCAAAGGUCAGGCCCGUAACGGCUGAAGAUAUGGUGGAGGUGGAUUUGGUGACUAGUGAAGAGUGGCGUUAUUCUGAGAGAUUCAAGAUAAGUGAUGAUGAUAAUAGUCAAUCAGAUUUAAUUAGCUUCUAAUUACGUAAUUAGUGAUUAAUCAUGCGUUUUAUUCCACCU